GCCAGUAGCCCAAGCCACGAACGAUGUUGUCCACAUCUCUCUGCCGACCGAGAUGGCAUCCAGAUUCCGAGGUCUCGCUUCUUGGUGUAGUGCCGCUGAACCCCAGCACUUACACCCUUCCUCCCAAUCCUCCCCGUGGACCGAAUCGCGCCGCUCUAGGAGGAGCCUAAAUAUUCUCUUCUCCUCUGGUUGCAGGGGAUUGUGGUGCGUAAACAGGAUUAACUCUCUCGCCCCCAGCAGCACCGAUCUACGCGCGGCCUGCGGCCGGAGGGAGCCCACUGGUGCUCGGAGGACGCAGCGUUGGGAGCGGGGGAUGGGGAGGCUCGGGGCCUCGCAGCCGUCCCUGCUGUGCGCCUCCUCGCCGAGUGGGGCGGGAGGUCACAGCCUCGGGAGCUGCUCCUCAAAAGCCCGUGAGGACUGCCGCGACGGUGCGGGCUACUAACGGCAGCCUCCGCCCGCCUCCUCCUCUCUCUCCCGCGCUCCCCCUCCGCCCAUCCUGCUCCAGCCACUGGGUCGCGGCCCGCGCUCUCCUCCGCCCCCCGGAGUCACCGCGCCCGCCCUGAGCCCAGCCAUGGGGGACCUGCCCGGCCUGGUGCGCCUCUCCAUCGCUUUGCGCAUCCAGCCCAACGAUGGCCCGGUCUUCUUCAAGGUGGACGGGCAGCGCUUCGGCCAGAACCGCACCAUCAAGCUGCUCACCGGCUCCUCCUACAAGGUGGAGGUCAAGAUUAAGCCCAGCACGCUGCAGGUCGAGAAUAUUUCCAUUGGUGGCGUGGUUGUCCCACUGGAACUGAAGUCAAAAGAGCCUGAUGGGGACAGAGUUGUUUAUAUGGGCACAUAUGAUACAGAAGGUGUGGCCCCAACCAAGAGUGGAGAACGACAGCCCAUCCAGAUCACCAUGCCGUUCACUGACAUCGGGACCUUCGAGACAGUGUGGCAAGUCAAGUUCUACAAUUACCAUAAGCGAGACCAUUGCCAGUGGGGAAGCCCCUUCUCUGUCAUUGAGUAUGAAUGCAAGCCCAACGAGACACGCAGUCUCAUGUGGGUGAACAAGGAGUCCUUCCUCUGAAGAUGGCUCCUUCGGAUGUUGCUGGACAAUCUCUCCAGAAAUCUACUUUUAGGUAAACCCAGCAGGAGCCUUCACCAAGGCUCACCACACCAUUGCUGUUUUCCGUUGGGUGCCAAUGACCUACCAGCCCCGGUUAUCUUGAAAGUGUAAUUCCCCUCUGAUGCAAUGUCCCCAACAAAAGAAUAUGGUGUUCCGUGCCCGAGAAGCUCCCUUUCUGUACUCUGUGUUGGUGUUACUGCAUCCAGCUGUUCUCGGUCACGCCAUUGGCCGCUUGUGAGGACCUCCGUGGAAUUGACAGGCGUACCCCACCCUUAACUGUUUCACUGAAUGACCGUGGUGUUUUGUUUCUAAAUUGAGUGAUUUCCCUUUUUUUUGUUAAGUGUUAAAUAAAAAAUAACAAUGUGUGUGGGUUCUCUCCCAAGGGUAAUAUGGUAACAUGCAACCUGCAAUGUUUUGCAGCUCUGGAAGCAGGCUUUGUGAAAAUGUAAUACAAACAGCAGUGAAUGUGAUCAGAUGUGCUUCCUUUAAGCAGCCCAGCUUUUCCAGGGAAGGAUGACGACAAAACAAAAGGAGAAAUAGUUAACGAGUAUUUAUAAUGUAUUAAAACUCUUUCAAGUAAGUCAAGGUAUUGUGCUGUGACCUGGUGGAAAUGGGGGAAAGCGUGGGUGUGGACCACACUGCCAGACAGGGUGACAGGAGUUACAGGGUGGUCUCUUCCACUCUGCUGUGCAAGCUCACACAUUGAUGGCAUCCCCGUACCCCCCUUCACUUGAACUUUGUAAAACCGUGUAUGGAACUGUAAUCAACUUUUGAUAUUUCGUAAUAAAGGUAUUGAAAAUCA